AUGACCUCCACAUUGUCCAUCACCCUGUUCGUUAAAGACUAUGCUCACCUUUCCCUUGAUGACAUGCCCAUACUAUGGAUUAAUGCCUUUCCACUUAUCUUCAAACCUCGUGUAGCACAUUCCAGAAGUCCUGGCUGUAUCCAUUCUCCCCGUUUCGAUUUUCAUAUCAGACACACAACCUUUGCCAUUUCAAUUCCUCAAAUAGGUGAUAAUCGUGGGUUACUGAGGAGCGAGGAUCAAAUGGGCAGCGACGGGGUACAAGAAUGCUUGCCAGGGGAUUCCGGUGAGGCUCUGAAGUUGGAACAGGGGUUUAAAGAGUUGAACAUUGAGUAG